AUGUACCAGAAGGUACCACAGCUAUGCUAUUGCAAGCUAGACUGGUAUGCCAACCAUGUUGUGCCAAUAAAUUCCAAGAAGAUGGCUGUCAAAAAAGAGGCUGUCCAAGCAGAUACGUGUGAAUAUGUGGCUGUCCAUAAGGACAACUACAAGCAGUCCCAUCAAGAUAAUCCCCCAAUAUGCCCUGCCAAGCAAAAAAACAGUCCUUUAGCAAGCAAAGUGACAACAUCAAGUGACGCUCAAGCCAGCACUUUAACUUCCCCAAAUGAAAUGGCCAUUGAGUCUGGCACCACCAGGGUAGAACCUAUCAGCUCAAUCCAGAACAUGGCUAAUAACCCACCAAAUGAUCCAUUGCUUGAAAUUGUGCCCAGCAGACCAGAUCAUAUUUAUAACAUAGUGGACUCACUACUUCCAGAAACUAAUGUCCCUCUUAUCAGCCUCCCCCAAACUGGUGUCUUGUGGAGCCUCUGA